AUGACCAAAAAGAACAGAAAGAUGUCCAUUCCCUUGGAUUUGGAUAACUGCCAGACCUUGGAACAUUUGCAGCCUAUCCCCAAGUCUCGCUCAUCGUCGAUCACCUCCAUUGAGACUAGUGAUUCCGACGGGUCGGUGAAGAUGAAAAAGAUGCUCAUCCCUCCACCAAUCAGGGAGUUCGAUGAGUUGACUAGCUUCGAGAGCUUCAUCAGGGAUGAAACCUGGGACAACGAGUUUGAUUACUACCAUGCCCAUCUCUCGUACUAUCCACCAUUUAUCAUGAAGGAGUGCCACGAUAACUUGGACAAAAUCAAGCCAACCAUGAACAAGAACUCCCGUAAGUUUAGAAGACAAUUGCAGCACCACGUAAAAAACCACUUAUUGAAGGAUUUGGAAAGAUGCUGUGGUUACGAAUUGAACAUGGAAAAGAUUGACACUAUUGAGACUCCAGACAAGAUUGUCUGGAAGUUCAAUGACACCUCUGACCAUGGCUUUUCGAAGGAGGAGGAAGACCUCUACGAUAGACAUUGGAAAUUAGAAUUGGAAAUUUCAUGCAAUAAUGAAAAUCCUCUAGUUGACGUCCACUAUAAAUCUCUUCCACUCAUAGAGUAG